AUCUCGUCUUUCAAAGGAUCCAAGCUAAAAAAAAAUAUGUGCAAAAUCACCAUACGUCAGUUGGUACACUGCAAUGGUGACUCACUAUAUAUGCAGUGUCAUUCUGGAACUAAGAUCAAGAUCGAUCACGCUGAAUUUGGUCGACGCUCGCCACAUUUUUGUCCCGGAGCGAAUUCUACCACAACCACAACAUGUCAAGCAAGUUCUGCUUUGAGAAGGGUUACCUUUAUUUGUCAAGGAAGACCACAUUGCUUGCUGCGUAUAUCAACAGAAUUGUUUGGUGAUCCUUGCCCUGGUGUGGCUAAGUAUCUAUUAGUCCGUUAUUUUUGUGACUGAACACGAGUUAAAGUAACUAUGUUGACUUGUAUCUGAUUGAGAGAAAAACAUUUAACAAUAAUCAACGUGA